AUGUACGCAUCCGCCGUGAACAUCGCGCUCACGGCGCGCGUCAGCCCCGCCACGACCGCCGGGGCUCGACGCGCGCCCGCGCCCGCGUCAAAUGCCAACUUGCCCAAAAAGUGCGUUUACCGGCAGCCGACUUGGUUCGGGAGCCAUCUCCCCAUCGCCUCGUCGGGCGGUCGCCGCGCGCGCAUCGUCGCCGCCCGAGCCCGUCGCGGCGGUGAAGGCGCGGACUCGCUCCCGAGCCUCCUCCCGUGGGCGCGCGAACGGGCCGACUCGGCGCGAGAUGGCGCCUCCGUCGACGGCGGUGCAUCCGACGGCGAUUCCGUUAGUGCGAAUCAUGCGCCCGCGUACUUCGACCUGGUCCAAGAAGUGGGCGACGACGACUCUUCACACGCGGACGACGGCCUCGCGUGGUUCAAGACCGCCCUCGGCGCGUUCAUGUACGAUAAGGGAUACCGCCAGGCGUUCGCGCUCCUCGGUUUUCCCGGGCCCGACGCCGAGCACCUCAUGGCGCUCUCGCAGCUCCGACCCGCGAGGACCGCCCUGGACGAGGCGGACGCGACUCUCCUGGAGCUGAGCUGCGGCCCCGGCAUGUUCGCCGAGAUGUUCGCGCGCGGAUCCGAGUUCCCGCGCAUCGUAGCCACCGACUACGCCGAGGCCAUGUGUGCGCGGACGCUCGAACGCAUCGCGUCGUCACCCAACGCGCGCGCCAAGGACACCGCCGUGGUCCGCGCAGACGUCGGCAACCUGCCCUUCGACGACGACGCCUUCGCAGCGGUGCACUCCGCGGCGGGUAUCCACUGCUGGCCCGAACCCGCGCGCGGGCUCGAAGAGGUCAGUCGCGUGCUCAAACCCGGCGGUACGUUCGUCGCGUCCACGGUCGUCCUCCCCGAGAAGGCCCGCGCGAAGAUGACCGCCAAGGGUCUCGACGCCGCGACGUACACCACCCGCGCCAGGAAGCAAAACAUGCCGUUCUGGGACCGGAACGCCGUGCUGGCGAUGUGGCGAUCCACGCCGGGGUUCGAGGACGCCGAGAUCAUCCACGCCGAGAAGGCGUUCGUGAUGAUAUCCGUCUCGAAGGGCUCGCGCGACGGGGGGCUCGGUAACAACGCGGUGUCCAGACCCGACCGGGUCAACGUACCCGAGAAGACCGAGAAGAACACGGAGAAGAUCGACGACGAGACGCCCGAGAUCCUCAACCAGUGGUGGCCGGUUGCGUUUGAGCACCAGCUCGACGCGGACGGUGACAAGCUCGCCGUCUCCCUCUUCGGUGAGCCCCUCGUGCUGUACCGCACCGACGGGGGUGUCGUCAACUGCGUUCAGGACAGGUGCGCUCACAAAUCCUGCCCCCUCUCGCUCGGCUACGUCCGCGACGGUAAGUUGCUGUGCCGGUACCACGGCUGGGCGUACGGGGAGGGCGGCGAGCUCGUGGACGUUCCCGCGCUCCAAGCCGGCCGGUGCCCAAAGGCGAGCGUGCCGAAGUACCCGUGCCACGUCGCGGACGGCGUCGUGCACGUCUGGCUCGGCGAAGCGGCCGAAUGCGGUCGAUCCCAACUCCCCGGCCACUCCCUCGUCGCGACUCGCUCGAUGAAGGGCGUCGAGACGCUCUCGUGGCCGCGUCUGACGGAGACUCGCGAGUGGGACGGCGUCCCCUGGCACAGCGCCGUGGAGAUCACCCAGGACUUCACCCACCUCCAGUUCGUCCACCCGAACACCCAGGCUGGGCGGGCGCCGCUCUUGGUCGGCGGCUUGACCGAGUUUGAGACGGAGGGCCACCCGCCGGGCGGGUUCGUGGCCGAGUACGUCGGGGGAAGCGGCAAGGGCGGCGGCCGGGUCACCUUCGUUCCUCCGUCAACCGUCAUGAACGAGUCCUUCUUCGUGGACGAGGAGGCGCCCGACGGUAAGAAGGCGUUCCCACUCUGUUUCGUCUUCCGCUUCGUCCCAACCGCGCCCGGGAAAACCGCAGUCUUGGUGCAGACGCACCAGAAGCUCUUCCCCCACAUCUCCGACCGGUUCGCCAAGGCGCUCAUGAACAUGACCAAGGUGAUGAGCCAGGAUCAGCUCGUGCUCGCCGCCCAGAGGCUGCGGGUCGCGCAGGGUUCGCCCCAGUGGAACCUCCCCAUCGAAUCGGACAAGCACCUCCUCCACUUUACCAAGUGGAGAGUCGCCGCGGAGGGAAACGGACCCUGGUUCCACGGCUACGACCUACCCGCCCCAUCCGCCGAGCUCGCCGAACUCGACGACGUUCUCGCUCGGAUCCAAUCCGAAGGCGUCACCUCCACGGGCCAGCACCUCCAACGGCCCGACGCGAGCGGUCACCCGAGGCCCUUCCACAGACCGGUCAGCCGCGCCGUUCGAAGAGGCGCCGCGUCCGCCGCCGGCGUCGACAAGUCCGGCGUGGACUUGGAGAAACCGCUUAGAAUGCUCGCGUCCGCCGGUCAGCCCGCGUGGCACAAAGCGGGGGUCCCGCUCUGGCUCGCCGAUGCCAUGAACGCGGCGCGUGGCAGCGACGUCGUCAAGCGGGUCGUGUCUGGCGUGCGUUGGGGCGAGGGAACGUGGCAGAAGAAGGACGAUGAGGACGGCGAGAACCUCCUCCCGGAAUCCGCCCCGAAGGCUCCCUUCGCAAACAACGCAAUCGCGUUCAACCGCAAGUCCAAGGCCGGAUUGAGCGAGGACGACAAGAAGGCGGAAGGCGAGAAGACGGCGUCCAAGCAGUGAGCGACGCGUGUAUAUCACUCUAUCAUAUCACCCUAUGUCAGUAGACUACCUGUUGUGUGUAAUUUUGUAUUUCCAUCAGUCAGACU